UUUACAUUCUCCGUAUUUUGCAUUAAAUAAUGACAUCUUUUGAGAUUAAUUAAAUAACAUUAAUAAAUAAUUAAAACCUCACAAUGGAAGAAAUAAAAAGAUGUCGUUGCUGUCUUGUUUCUGGAUUUCACAAAGAUUUAUAUGCUGCUUAUACCUGUUCUGAUCAGAAAGAAAUUUAUUCGGAUAUGUUGCAGGAAUGUUUCAAUAUUAAAUUAAAUCGACAACAAGAAUGCAAUGGUAUAUGCGAAGCAUGCAUAGCAACACUACGGGAGAGCCUCCGCUUCAAACAUCUGGUUCUUAGGUCAGAGCAGGAACUGUCACAGACAGUUAAUGACAUAAUGCAAAUUGAUGAAAAAGCUGAAAUCAAAAUUGAGCCCAAGUUUGAAAAUGACAGUGAUGAGUCUGAUGAUUACUUUCUGGCUGAUGCUGUUUCAGUCAAAAAUGAAUAUGAGUCAUUAAAGAAAAGAACCAACAAAAGAAAGAAAAUUAGCAAAGAGGCAGAUUGGACUCCAAAAGAGGCAAAAAUAACCGCAAAAGGAAUAUCAUUAAAAUCUCGAGAUGGUUCAACAAAACAAAAAAAAGUUAAGAGUGACAAAAUAAUACUAAAGUCCGAUUUAAAGUUUAACGUAACAUUGACAACACGAUAUAACAACGAGAAGAAGAAACACAGGGAAAACUUAUUGACGGUACUGAAAUAUACAAACGCCACACCGUUUAAAAAUAAAUCACUACUGGGAUACAUCUGCGGGUACUGCAACAAUACUUAUCCCGAUCCGAUCGACUUGCGGAGGCACACGGAGGACGAACACAAAAGAGACAGACUGGACUUGCGAACGACGACGGACAUGAGCGAGUACUAUGUUAAAUUAGAUGUGACCGACUUGACGUGCAUGCUGUGUAAUGAAAAAUUCAGUAAUCUAUCAUUCUUUGCCGACCACCUAGUGAGGGUACACGACAAGGUGUAUCACGUGGACAUCAAAGAUCAUCUCAUGCAGUUUAAGCUGAAGAAGGGUGACGUUUACGACUGUGCCAUGUGCUCCUCGAAGUACGAAACGUUUAAAAUGUUAAAGCAGCACAUGAACAAACACUACAGCAAUUACAGUUGCGACAAGUGUGAGACGUCUUUCGCGACGAAGAGGUCGUUGAACUCCCACCAAGCCACGCACGAGGAGGGCAGUUUCAAAUGCGACCACUGCGACAAAGUGUUUUCGAGUAAAAUGAAGAAACAGUACCACAAAAAAACUAAACAUUUAGGCGCACGGAAUAUAAGCAACUGUCCGUACUGCAACGAACCCUUCCGCAGCUACUACCAGAGGAACCAACAUUUGGUUAAAGUUCACAACUCGGAAGCACAAUACAAAUGUAACAUUUGUAAUAAGGGUUACAUAUUGAAGUCGCUGUUGAUGUGUCACAUAAAGAAGAAUCAUCUGAUGGAACGAAACUGUCAGUGCACCGAGUGCGGCUACAGAUUUUUCAGUAAAAAAGCUUUGAAGGCGCACAUGAUUAAACAUAGCGGGGAGAGAAAAUACACCUGUGAAGUGUGCCACAAGGCAUACGCCAGAAAAUACACUCUCAGAGAACAUAUGAGGAUACAUAAUAAUGAUAGACGAUUUAAAUGUGAGGUGUGCAGUACAGCAUUCGUUCAGAAAUGCAGUUUGAAAAGUCAUUUGUUGUCCCACCAUGGCAUUAGCUUGGCAGCCAGCGAUAUAACAUCAAUGUAAAAUAAAACAACUAUGAACUACAGGAUGGUUUUGAAAUAAAAACAAGGAUAUUAAGUAUUCGACUCUAGAAGUGUUUUGAUAUUGAAUCUGUGCAAUAUAAUUUAAAUUUUAAGGCCGUUAAAAUUAAAAAAAUAAAAAAGUUAA